GCCCUGCGCAUCAUCGAGGAGGUUGGAAGUGAACUGACCUGCUUUUACAGCCGUUUGCCCAUUCCUUAUUGGGCUACUCAAAUCAAGCCACUCUCUCUUCCCUGUCCCACCAUGUCUCUCCCACUUUCCACGAAGGUCGAGUGCGACCAAACCGCUGAUUGGCCACCGCGUCACGCUUCAGCAAUCUGCAACGGAUGCAUUUCCACUGGGUCCUCAACACCGACUGCUGAUCGAUCAUCGGAUCACCAUCAAGUGGUUCGAAGACGUGCUGUUGAGCCGCCGGUCUCUGACGACACCGACACCACAAAACAGCCCAACGGUCCGAGUUCGCCCGAGAUGUCCAAGUUACCGGAAGAAUUGAACGACGUCCAUAUGAAUGGUUUCUGCCCCUCGAUGACAUCUCUGGCUUGGCGUAAUAGGCUGGCGGGUUCAGACGAAAGCAUUAAAUGA